AUGAAAUUAGUAAAUGAAAGAGAUAAUGAAGAAUAUAUUUAUGUUUCAAAUAAUUUAAAUAUGAUUUUAAAAAUUAAAGUUUCAGAUUUAUUACAAUAUAAACAAUCAGAUAAAUGUACAGUAUGGUCAAGUGAACAAUUUGAUAAUGUUUGGGGAAUUGAAGUUUUUAAUGAUAAAGUUUAUGCAAUGGAUUAUACUAGAGGUAUUGUAAUAUUAAAUUGUAAUGAUGGUAAAAUUCAAGUAGAAAAUAAUUUACCUUCAAUAGCAAGUGGAUAUGAAUUGAAAUUUUUAUCAGAAAAUGAAUUAUUAAUUAGUCAUGGUACUAAAUUGGAAAUAUUUAAAAGUAGUAAAAAGCAUGGUUGGAAACCAGUUAGAAAAUCUACCUUUCCAAUAGUAACAGCCUAUUCUUUAUUUUAUGAAGAAGGUUCACAAUUAAUUUAUUUAUCUGAUAGUUCUGGACAUCAAGUACAUGUUGUUAAUAGACAUGAUUUAUCACUUGUAAAAUCAUUUGGACAAUUUAAUAUGAAUUUUGGUAUCAAGGUUGACAAAUUGAGUGGUUUAUUAUAUAUUUGUGAUACUUGUAAUUUUACAAUUGAAGUUUAUCAAUAA